GAUCACAGACUAAAAAGAGUCAGAGAAUCAAAAGUGAAUAAAUUUUCCUCUGAUUAAAUUCAAUAGUGACUAUGUUUACCUGCCAGUUGUACCAAGUUGUGAUAAUGGAAUGCAAUUUUAGCAUAUUAUGUUAACACAUGCAUUAUAAAGAUCAUAAUAUAAGCAAUAUUGCUAAGGUUGCAUUUUUCUCAGUUUGCCUAGCCAUCUUAAGAAUAAAAUUAUGAAACUAUCAUUAUGUUUGCUCCAAGCAAUAGCGUUCUUGGAUCUUCUGGCAGUCGGUUUGAUAGUGCCGUUAGUUCCUGGUCAUGUACGAAAAAUGGGCGCCGGUCAUAUUUAUGUAGGUUUACUUGGAUCCAUUUAUGCAGGGUUUCAGCUAGCAUCUGGCCCGCUUAUAGGAAGCCUUAGUGAUAUUAAAGGCAGAAGAGUAAUAUUAACAUUUACUUUGUUAAUAUGUGCAGCAGCAUAUACUUCAUUAGGAGUGACAGAAUCUUUUACUGUUAUUUUAAUUUUAAGGGCUCUCCUAGGUCUUUUUAAACAAACUCAACUACUGACAAAAGCUUUGGUGCCAGAUUAUGAGAAGGGUGAAAAGGAGCAAUCUGCUAUAUAUGGAAGAAUGGCUGCUGUAUCUGGUGCUGGCAUUACAUUAGGACCAGCUAUAGGUGGUCAUAUAGCUGAAGGUUAUCCUGAUAAUGGUUUUGCAUUUAUAGCAAUUAUUGUUGGAAUUUGUUUUUUAGUUAAUGCAGGCUUGGCCUUUUUUCUACCAAUAUCGAAGAAACACCUGAAAAAGAAAUUUAAACAUACGAAAACACCAACUAGUAUAGCUCAAUCUGUUUUCAGUAGUGUAAAAGAAACUUUUAUUGGAUUGUACAGAGUGAAGUGGUCUGAAUUUUGGGAUAUUUUUAUUUUUAAAGCUUUGAUAGGGUUUGCUAUGGGAGUUUACUAUUCAAAUUAUGCCUUAUAUUUGAAGACUCAGUAUGAAUUAACACCAAAAUAUGUAGGUUAUGUUAUAUCAUUCCAAGGAGUUGUAGGAUCUGUAUCAAGUUUUUUUAUGGGUUUCAUUAACAGUUUUUAUCAUCAAGACACUGAUUACAGUUUAAGAAACUUCCAUGUCUUUGUAUUAUUGAGCCUUUCAUUAUUAGGGUUGAUAUUGUCUUUUCAUGUUUAUAUUUAUGUGCUAUGGUUGAUACCUCUUGCUAUUGGUAAUGCAGUAGGUAGAUUAGUCACACUAGAAAUGAUAUUAAAACGAAGUCACGGUGAUCAUAGAGGUACAUUAAUAGGAGCUUCAAAUAGUAUUAGAUCUCUGUCUGGAGUAGUGGCACCUAUAGUAGCUGGAUUUAUAGGCCAAUACUUUGGUGUUGAGUAUGUUAUUUAUGCAUCACUUUGUUCAACGUUACUUGGUUUUGGAAUGGCAUACACCUAUAGAUGGAAAAGAAAAAUAAUAAAAAUUGAAUAAUGCCUAUUCCUAUACCCAUUCUUUAUUUUUUAAUUUUAUUUUGUUAUGAUUUUCAAUAGGUGGAGUUUACUUUGUUUUUAAUGAUCAUCUUACUACUGUUAAAGACUAUUGUUUCCUUCUUUCAUUCUAUAAAUUAUAAAUAAUUCUAUACAUGAUAUUUUUAAAUAACGACAUAUUCAGAGAUUUAUUGUUAACCUCAAAACAAUAAAUAAGAUGCGAUGAGACAACA